AUGUACUGGAUCCGAUUGUUUUGCGUGAGUGCGGGUGUGUGCGCAGAAUGGUAUCCUUUGAUGUACCAUAUUCAUUUAUUUAUGACCAAAACCGAUAAUUUCUUAUGUAUACCCAUCUGCCAACUAGUCGAAAAGUUUAGUAGCAGUACUCCUAAUGAUUUGCACCAGUGCUUAUUUCCAUGUCAUAACUGUGGAGGCUCAAUUAGCAUGAAAAACAAUAUUCGACUGUAUAAGUAUAAUUUCUUGAAGAUGUCGAGUAUAUCUGACUCUGGGUAUCACACACAAAGUUACAAAGUACUUGUGGCGUCCAUUAUAAUACCUUGGGCUGUGACCAUAAAGGUACUUCUUCUUUUAGAUUUCCUGAAACCGCCACACAUAGUAUACUUUUUUUUAAGAGAAGACAAACCUUUUCAAUUCGAAGAAGAGUAUGAUACUGAGACACCACUAUCGUCAUUUGACAAUAACUAUCCGGAUUCAAGUGAGGAGUCCAACAAUGAGAAUGAAGCUGACAUUGUUGGUGUCAUAGUAUUUAAAGAUACGACGGAUUCAGGCCUAUAUUUGAAAAUAAAUGGCACGUCUCAAGCAAUUCAACUUAUGACUGAUAUGCUCGGUGAAGCCGACGGGACCUUUGUAAAUCAUGCCCAUUCUCUCAUGUUGACAUUGAAUGUAUAUUGGCUUAAGCUGUUUGAAGGCCGGACUUAUACAGGCGGUGCUUUGUACUUACUUAUCAGCAAUUUCCCCAAGGAAGACCAAAUGAGACCAGAAAAUAUUAUCCUCGUUGAUGUCAUGUCUGACUGUUAUGGUGGUAUAGCUGUGGAGACUACCAAGUUCCCUGAUGAUACUACUGUCUAUACUACUAUCAUGUAUGUCGCUUCCGAGAUACAUGCUGCUAGAAAUACUGCCGGAUUCAUAGAACAUGUCAUUAAGAUUAAUUACUUUGGGUGUGACAAUGAAAACUGGGCAUCACGGACAGAAGAGACGAUAUCCAUAUAUGACAAUAUGUGGUUUUGCACAGACUCAGAUGUAGAAAGAGAAAAUUUGGAGAAGCAGAACGGCAUGCAGUUUUCAGAGUUGCAUCGCUUAUAUGAUUGUUGA